CUGCCUCGGCGUCGCUGCUGCCUCACAAGCUGUGGCCAGGCGCAGGCAGCAGCCGCGGCUGAUACUGUUGCUAGUUCUGCUACCAAUAACUAUAACAGUAGCAGCAAGCACAACAACAACAAUAACAACAGAAACAGCAAUAACAACAAUAUCACCUCAAGAUGCUGCUGCAACAAGGACGACGACGCAGCACGCUGGGCUAUCCCGUGGCGCUGCUCGUGGCGACCAUGGCGCGUACAACACAACUAAUAGUAUUCCAGCCUACAACAACAGCAACAACAAUUACGACAUUAGCAGCAACAACGCCAGCGACAAGGGCAAUGCAAGCGCCAGCGAUGCGUUCGCCGAAGGGGAUGCUGAGCAGAUGCUGCCACAGAUUCCGUCGUAUAUACGCACAACCGCCAUGUUCUUCUGCAUAAUCAUAAUGCUGCUGGGCGUCAUCGGGAAUGUGAUGGUGCCCAUUGUUAUAGUGAAGACAAAAGAUAUGCGCAAUUCCACAAACAUUUUCCUAACCAACUUGAGCAUUGCCGACUUGCUGGUGCUGCUCGUCUGCACGCCCACCGUCCUCGUCGAGGUGAACACACGUCCCGAGACUUGGGUGCUGGGACACGAGAUGUGCAAGGCUGUGCCUUUCGUGGAGCUGACUGUGGCACAUGCCAGUGUUCUCACCAUUUUAGCCAUUUCCUUCGAGAGAUACUAUGCCAUCUGCGAGCCAUUGAAGGCAGGAUAUGUGUGCACCAAGGCCCGCGCGAUUCUCAUCUGCGUCCUUGCUUGGGGCAUUGCUGCGCUCUUUACGAGCCCCAUACUUUGGGUGGCUGAAUACAAGCUGGUUGAGUAUAUUGAUGGAUCAUCGGUACCCGUUUGCCUGACCCAAGCAAUUGGCGUAUCGACCGUCGGUUUCUUUUUGAUGACUAUUUCCGUGUUCUUCGUUCUACCGUUUCUCAUGCUGAUUGUACUGUAUAGCAUAAUUGCGCGGAACCUUAUCUCCAACCAGGGCGCCAUGCUUCGUGCUCGACCCACGAAGCCGGAGUUGAGCUUAAAGGCGCGCAAGCAGGUGGUGCUCAUGCUGGGCGCUGUGGUGCUAUCCUUCUUUAUCUGCCUGCUGCCCUUUCGCCUUCUCACGCUGUGGAUCAUACUGAGUACGGAUCAGACGUUGCACGAUAUGGGCCUGGUUCGUUAUUACAGCUUACUCUACUUUUGCCGCAUCAUGCUCUAUCUCAACUCGGCUAUGAAUCCCAUUCUCUACAAUCUGAUGUCCACUAAGUUUCGCAAGGGCUUCGCUCGCCUUUGCCACGACGUGGGCCAAUUGCUCUGGCAGCUGCUCACUCUGGAAAGCAAGCGGCGCAAUGCAAGUGAAUCACGGGGCCAACAAUCUACGGGCUCUGGCACCAACACGAACUCCUCAAAUGCAACGGCUGCCACAAACUCGAGCAUCUUGUCACGUAGCUCAAAUCGACGCAGCAGUGAAGAAAUUAGUCGCACGCGCUUAAAGAUCGAGCUUCACUUGCCCUGCGGCAGCGAGUUGGAGGCCAUGGCCAUGCUUCAGCAUUCAACGUUGCGUAGCAAACGACGUCCAAAGCAGCAAAUCAGUUUCGAUGAGGACACAGGCCAAGCAGGAGCAGCAGCAGAAGAAGCAGUGGUCGAAGGGAACAACGGAGCAGUAUCUCGAGCAGCUGUGUAGGCAUGAAAAAUAGUGUGUAACCCGUUUGCACUUACGCUUCACUUAGCUGGCAAGCCACGCCCAUAAUGGAUGCCAUUGAAAUCGUUGACAGGACCCAAGCUCAAUUCCUGGCCGUUUCUUUCCAUUCACAUAUUUCCGCACACACACAAAAAACAAUCAAUUUUUCGGGCUAUUAAACUCGAAUGAAUGUGCCAAAGAUAAAUAACAGCAACGACAGCCAAAGCGGGAUACCAUUGAGAUUGGGGCGGGGGCGUGGUAGAGCUAUUAACUGGCAUGUAAAAAGCAGAGCAAAUGGAAAUUUCUCUAUAUGCGCUUUGCGUGUCCAUCAGCACGCAGGAUAAACCUGAUUUAGUUGUAUUGAAAUACGCUUUCCCAGCAACUCGUUUUUGGUCCACCCCAAAGCUAGAAAAAUAGUGUUGCCGAC